CACCAUGAAGCUGCUUCUGCCCUGGGCCCUGCUCCUGCUGACAGCCUCUGGCCCAGGCCCCGAGUCCACUGCAGCUGCCCAGGAAAGCUGCUCUCAGCGCUGUGGGGACCAGAAAGGGUCAUGCUCCUGCCACCCGACCUGCUCCGGCCUCGGCACCUGCUGCUUGGACUUCCGGAACUUCUGCCUGGAGAUCGUGCCCUACUCUGGCUCCAUGAUGGGUGGCAAGGACUUCGUGGUGCAGCACCUGAAGUGGCCCAACCCCAUGGACGGCGUGAUCUGCAGGUUUAAGGAGAGCAUCGAGACCCUCGGCCACGUGGACUCCUCUGGACAAGUGCACUGCAUCUCGCCCCUGCUCUACGAGAGCGGUCGCAUCCCCUUCACGCUGUCCCUGGACAAUGGCCGCUCCUUCCCGCGCUCGGGCACCUGGCUGGCUGUGCACCCCAAUAAAGUGUCAGAGACAGAGAAGAGCCAGUUGAUAAAUGAGACCCGUUGGCAGUACUACGGCACCUCCAACACCACGGGCAACCUCAGUCUGACCUGGAGCACCUCCGCGUUGCCCACGCAGGCCGUUACCAUCGAGCUGUGGGGCUAUGAGGAGACAGGGCAGCCAUACUCAGCGGCGUGGACAGCAAGCUGGUCCUACCUGUACACCCUGGCCACGAACGUCCCCAACUCCGGCUUCUUCACCUUCACUCCGACACCCGCCCCGCCCAACUUCCAGAAAUGGAAAGUAGGUGCCCUGCGGAUCAUCACCAGCAGACACUACGCGGGGCAGAAGGACGUGCUGGCACUCUGGACCAACGACCACGCACUGGCCUGGCACCUGGAGGACGACUUCCGGGCUGACCCCGUGGCCUGGGCCCGUGCUCAGUGCCUGGCCUGGGAGGAGCAGGAGGACCAGCUGCCCAACUUCCUGCAGGAGCUGCCCGACUGCCCCUGCACGCUGGCCCAGGCCCGGGCCGACUCCGGCCGCUUCCACACGGACUGCGGCUGUGACAUCGAACACGGCAGCGUGUGCACCUACCACCCCGGGGCUGUGCACUGCGUACGCUCCGUGCAAGCCAGCCCCCGGUACGGCUCUGGCCAGCAGUGCUGCUACACGGAGGCGGGCACGCAGCUCCUGACGGCCUCUGUCUUCGGGGACCCACACUUUGUCACCUUCGAUGGCACCAAGUUCACGUUCAACGGGCGUGGCGAGUACGUGUUGCUGGAGUCAGCGCUGACCGACCUGAAGGUGCAGGCGCGCGCCCAGCCCGGGACCAUGUCCAAUGGCACACAGACCCGCGGCACGGGACUGACGGCGGUGGCCGUCCAGGAGGACAACUCGGACGUCGUGGAGGUCCGGCUGGCCGCAGGGGCCGGGGCCCUGGAGGUGCUGCUGAAUCAGGAGGUGCAGAGCUUCGGCGAGCAGAGCUGGAUGGACCUGAAGGGCAUGUUCCUGUCCGUGGCUGCCAAGGACAGGGUAUCGGUCAUGCUGGCCUCAGGGGCCGGCCUGGAGGUCAGCGUCCAGGGCCCGUUCCUAAGCGUGACCGUCCUGCUGCCCGAGAAGUUCCUCACCCACACCCAGGGCCUCCUGGGGACCCUCAACGACGACCCCACGGACGACUUCACCCUGCGCACUGGCCUUGUCCUGCCCCCCAGCACCAGUGCCCAGGAGCUGUUCCAGUUUGGGGCCGACUGGGUCGUGCACAACUCCUCCUCCCUGCUCACCUACGACUCCUGGUUCUUGGUCCACGACUUCCUGUACCGGCCCAAGCACGACCCCAACUUCAAGCCCCUCUUCCCGGAUGAGACGGCUCUCAGCCCCAGCCAGGCCCAAGCGGUGGCAGCGCUGUGCGGGGACGACCCGUUCUGCAGCUUCGACGUGAUAGCCACUGGAAGCGUGAGCGUGGGCAAUGCCACGCGGGCUGCCCACCAACUGCACCAGCAGCGCACGCAGAGCCUGCAGCAUGUGGUGUCCUGUGGCUGGCUGGCCCCCCCUCCGAACGGCUGGAAGGAAGGCAUCAGGUACCUGGCGGGCUCCACCGUGCACUUCCACUGCGACAAUGGCUACCAUCUAGCCGGGGCAGAGACCAGCACCUGCCAAGGUGACGGCACCUGGUCUGCGCCCACCCCCGAGUGCCAGCCAGGACGGAGCUACGCCGUGUUGCUGAGCAUCAUCUUUGGAGGCCUGGCAGUGGUGGCUGCGGUCUCCCUCCUCUACGUGCUGCUGCGCAGGAGGAAGGGCAACAUGCACGUCUGGAGCUCACAGCCGUGAGAGGGGACUGCAUGGCCUGCAGCGUGGGACGCAUGUGGCCACGUCAGGGCUGAGAAAGCCUGAACUCCUGGGAUGAUGCGCCCCAAUCCUGGGAUUGCCCGAUCCCUAGGACUGGACACCUGUCAUCUGGACCUGAGACCUGGUGUCCUCCUCUGUCAUCUCAGACCCGAGGGGUCCUCGCCAUCGCCACUCUCUGCUCUGUUCCCCGAAUACUCCCGGCUCCCGUUCCCCAGACCUGAGACUUCCUACCCCGGACUCCGACUCGGAUUCCAAUACCUCACUCCCCACAGCCUGGCAGUGGUGACCCUGACCCUGGCAUCCUGAGACCCGCUGCCCCACCAUGGGGGGCCCAGCACCGAGCUGCCUUCGUCCCUGGCCCCAGGCUCGGCCUGAAACCCUAGGUGGGCGGCCCAGGACCCCAGGAGAGCGAGUCCCUCGGUUGGGGGGAGACUGCCCCCUGCCGUCCAGGCUUGUAACUGCAACGCUUCUAGACCAUUCCUGGGAGCAGCCUUCCCUGCCUGGAUGAGGAGAAAACAAGCCCCAUGUUCCUCGCUCGGUGUCCUGGUGCCCAUGCAAUGCUCAGUUCCAAAGACGGGGUGCAGGAUGAUGUUUGCAGAGGACCCAGAAUGGGGUGCCACCUGGGGUCUGUGCCUUCACCCUCUCUGGUGUCCCCUGAGAAGAGCCGCCUGUCUCAUUAGCAAGCUGGCACAGCCUGGCCUGGUCCCCAGCCCUGCAAGGGACGUCCCUUGGCUGGGCAUUCACAGGUAGGGCCGUGAAUGGGUGACCAGAGCUUAUGCUCCAAAGCCCGGGAAUGUCCUGCGCUGGACACAGCAGGCCUCCCACCACCGCUGCCCACCUGCUCAACCUCUUCCCUACGCGUCUUCUGGGGCGGGGCUUGGAGGGGAGGGGACGCCACAGAAGCACAGACUGGGGCGCUGGGGGACCUGCCAGGCCCCAAGUCCUCCUUUGCAGAGCAGGUCGUGGGUGGCAGCUAUGGGAGGCCUUAGGCAGUGCAGGAUGGGGGGCAGAUUUAUCUCUUAGACCUCAUAUGGAGCCGGAGGUUGGCGCCCCCUAGGCCAGGCAGUCGUCCUGUCCAAAAGGGGUCCCCCAUGCCUACAGAGAGAGCCAGCCUCAGUGCGGCCUGCUAUGCUGGGAGUGGCCACAAGGGGGAAGCAGAGGGUAGAACAGCUGGAGGAGGUUAAGGUGGAUGGAAGAUGCGCGCGCCUCGGAGGAGGCCAGGGAGGCCGUGAGCCCUACCCUGCAGCUGGGCGGCCAGGACCCGUCCAAGCCAAGGCCGGGAUUCAGCAUUUCCUCCCCGGGGAGGGCGGCGCAGUCACCCCCAGUCUCAGGCCUGCAGGCGAGAAUGCAGAAGUCACUUAAGUCUUCCACCUGCUCUGCCUUACCCUUGCUGAAGGGUCUGGGCCAGAAACAGAAGAGCUGGGUGUUAGGGCUUAGCCAUCUGGAGGGCUUCCUGGAGGAGGUGAUUGUGCCCCAUGCGGCAUGUAUAGAGAAAAGACCUGAGAAAGGUUGGAAGGCUUGGGGAUGGUGGAUGGAGAAGGUGCUCCCUGCCCUCCCAGACCCACCCUGCCUUUAUCCCGGCUCUUCCCCAGGCAGGGUAGAGCUGUGGCCGGCCUCUUGGCCACUGGGCAGGUACUUUCCUCUCUGCAGAGGAGGCAAGGCGGGGCUCGCCGCCCACCACCUGAGUCCCCAAUGUGUUCCUGUGCUGAGCCAGAGCAGGGCUGGCCCCUUCUGGGUAAAUCGGAGCUCAGCUUCCAAGGCAGCCAGGCCUGUGGGAGCAGGCACAGGGCGGGGCCUAGGCAGGCAGGGGCAGCCUCACAGCUCUGGUUUCCCAAGGCAGCCCCAGGAACCGGGGUCGAGAGAAGUUGGGUUCUCAAUGCCCCUUGAACAGAGGAGCUCCCCCCUGCCAGACCUGGGCCCUGCAAACAUGGCCUCCCACCCGCUCCCCUCCCUGGGCAGGUCCUACAGCUGCACCCACGCCUCCCUCAACCAGCAGGAAAAGGGGUGCCCUGUCUGUGACCCUGGCCCCUGGGCUCAAACAUCAGACGCUCCCAGUGCCAGGGGCAGGCCAGGCUGGGAAGCCCCACCACCUGACGGGGGACCAUGACGGGUUUUCCCAGGGACCUGCGAGACUGAGAUGCCGCUGAGCCUGUGCAGGGCGGGGGUUCCCGGAGCCAGGCGAGGGCUCUCCAGAGGCACCAAAGGAGGACUUCCAUCUCGGGGAGGUGUCCCCACACAGCGGUGUCCACACUUGAGGACAGGAGGCAGCAAGAGCCUCCGGGUUGUAAUGGCAGACUCAGGUCUGGGCCCUGGAGCCCAAUGGCCGCCGUUCACCCCUGGAGCCCGGGGAGACGGUAAUUCGGGGACUUGGAGAUGCGGGAGGCUGGUGGGACACCCAUAGGGUCCCAGCACCCCGUCCGGGCUCAGGGACAGGAGGCAGGCUCCUGUCUCCACGGACACGGGAACCACAUAGGACCACCAGCGCACGCUGGGGUCGCAGCAGCAGCUAGAGCAGAGUUGGGGGGAGAGGCUGCCUCUCUGUUCUCCAGGGAGAAGCCAUCAUGGCCUCCCGUUAGCUGAGCACAGUGGGGAGCAGCCAACACAGGGGUGAGGGAGAGGAAGGUUCUGACCCAGUGCAGGCCCAGCAGGGGGAUGCAGAGGAGCCCAGGACCCCUGUUCUUACAGCCUGGUUCUUCCUGCAAACAGGGUGGCCAAAUGCUCCCUGCAGGCCAGACCUCUGCUGGGCUCACCAAGAGACAGACCCCUGUCCUCCUGGUCCAACGCAUCCUAAAGAGGGGAUGGUCAGUGCAAUGGGUCAUGGGACUGGGAAGUCAGGGAGGGCUUCCUGGAGGAGCCUGGCAUCUGCCGACUUUUGGAAGUGAGGUCAAACAGGUGCCAGUAGCCCACACUGCUGAGUCUCUUCUAGGCAUAGAUGAGACUACAUUUCCCAGCUUCCCUUGCAACUGGGGUGGUCACGUGACAGGUCUAGCCAGGGCAAAGUGAACUAAGGAGUGGACAGACACUCCCAGUCCAGGGCCCUACAAACCUCCCGCCGGCACCCCCAGGCCUUUCCCCCCAGCUCCUGCUCCUGCAAGGAUGACUUUGGAAGCCACGCACUAGUCUGGGUCCCUGCUAGGUCCCCGGCAUGGAGGAAGUCCCCGCGCCGUCCCAUCCACAGGGCUCCACACGUGAGAAAUAAACUUCUCUUGGGAUUAGA